AGUCAUAUUCAAACGUCGAAUCGGUGGUUGCUCAAACGUUAAAUUUUGAACCAUCUUAGUAAUGGCUAUAAUGCAAGUACAUUGGACGUAGAGGCUCUUUGGACCAUCAUAGUUAUAGAGAAUUGAACACGCAACACCAACUAUCAAGAAUCUCUCGGCAGUAUUUAUCGAAGUCUGUGUACCGUUGUAUCAUUCAGAGCACAACUUUCAAUUUAUUAAAUCACAUUGUUAAUUCAAAGAAUGAUUAAUAUGUUAAGUUUGAAACGUAAUAAACUUUGUAAAGAGGCGUCAAUUACACUGUAAAUCUUGCCGUUUCAUUGUCAAUUAUGGCGAACCGAAAUCAGAACUGGGAGGAUCAGAGCACAGAUGUAUUCGAACCAGUUGAGCACAAACCCCCUCAAAUUUUUGUCGGGUUUUCGGACUUCUCCGAGGAUGUUAAUUGCAAAGAAGUCAACGGCGAAUUAUACAUACGACUAUCGGCCUGUACUUCAGUGCCUGUUACUUUUGGAGGCUCGGAUCAAAUCGGGACGACACAAUCAGUCGAUCAAAAUGAAGACAAUCGCGACUCGGCUGUGACACUGCAAGGGGACUCGGAUACACAUUUUGAUUUCAAUGAUUUCAAUGAAGCUCAAAAUGCCUCUUCAUCGCGCAAUGGGUCCUCUGCGUUUCACAUCCCUUUCCCCACUGGUCAGGAUGAGUGUACGAAUCUGACGAGGGGCAGUGGUUCUUCAGAAUCUCGGGGUGGUCCGACCAGUCUCAACAUGUCCAUUAACUCCAUGUACUCCGACACUGCGGCAACUGAUUCGCCAAUAGUGGAGGACUCAUCGGAGCGUCCGAGACUUGAUUCAUACGAGACUGAUGAAGAAGAAAUAGCAUCGGACGAUCAUCCAGUAACUUCAAGCAGACCUGGAAGUCGUCGUGUGAAACGUGCGACGUCUGCGCCUCUCUUGGACGAAAUUGGGUACGACGAAAUUGACGGAAAAUCACGCUCAAGCAAAAAAGAAAUUUACUCGAAGUUACCUUUCAACUUUCGUUUCGAUAAACCAUCUGGCAUGAAUUUCGAUCAAGCCGUCCAAAGAAUCCAAGAAAUUCGAGUCAACGAGCAUCCAGAAGCCCUUUGUGAGAAAGUCAAUAUCUAUGAGUCACACUUCUCCUGGUUCGUGGAAGUGCAAGUAGACAAAGGUGUGAAGGUGGAACCCUCGGGCCGAGUGUCGUUGAAGAACUCAGACAAGGUCGUGAUUGGAAUACGGAAGAGUGAUUCGCUGCCUGAGAUAUGGGUUAUGGCCACUAAACCAGAGCUGAAACAGAAGGAAACCUUUGAGCCGAAGAAGUUUAAAGUUGAAGAAGAUUCUCCCAUCAUAUUUGAACCCUGGAGACUAGAAAGAAAAGGUGAACGCAAAUGUGAGGUCAAAGUCAGCGCAGAUGACACACACUACGUCGCUUUCCUGUUCACUUUAGACUCCAUGGGAAAAGCUGAUUUGCUAUACUCGAAGAUGUUGGAAGCUUCUAACCACAUACUCUUCAACUCAUCAAUGAGUCAUAAACUGGAGUUGGUGGAAAGGAGACAAAAGUUGCAGGAAAAGAAAAGCACGAUUGAGGAGUUGAUGAGUAGCAAUGUGUCGAAUCGUUUUUGCUCCGAGUGUUGUUCCAAGUACCUCGGAGUCUUCGAUCUUUGGUUCUCUCCCGCCUCCUGGACCAUGGUGUGCACCAACUGCAGCAACUGGCAACGCCGAUUCAUAUCCUCAGCUAGACAUCUGUGGUUGGACGAUUUCAACCAGUCUACUUGGAGGGCCAUGGUAGCAACUUCGAAUGCGUUCAUGAGUAGAUACUGGUACAGUGAACUGGACCCAGAUCAUUUUCUGGACGGAUAUGAGCUGUUGAGAGAAGAGUCUUCUUCUAAUCUUAGGGAGUGUGUUGCGGAGAGGCAUAUCUACGGGAAAUAUUGCAACUUAAAAUUUUCAAAUCUCCAAGAUGCCAGCUUUGCAAGUAACUUGACGUCACAUAACUCACAGACACUGUACAGACUUCUGCUGGAAAAUGAAAAAGAUCUUCCUCAGAUAGUGGACCAGGUUUUCAAUGGGGUGUCUCUUAACGAAGUGCAUAGAAAUGAAAUAAAGAUGAGAAUGGGUGAUGACAAACAUCAUCAAGAAGUGAUGAAGUUUGUGGACUUCCUCGACAACACCAAGUCUAUAUUGGAAAAAGAAAGCGAUUACAUCACACCACCGAGUUCGAGCUGCAUCGAAAGCUUCUUCAAUAGAAACGCUAUCUUGCGAUUAGUCACAUUUGUCUACUCGCCCGAAAAAACAGCAAAUGCGUUACAGGAGUGUGGGGCUAAGCUGCACAAAAGAGAAAUGUUCCAGGUCAUUCCAUACCCAAAAAAGGAAGAUCCAAAUCUACCAGAAAACGCUCCCAGGCCAGAAUUCUUCAUGCCUUCAGAAAUGAUAACACCAUUUUACGAUUACUUCCUACGUGAAACGUUUCAUUCUAAUUUUAGUCGACCCGAUGAAAAAAUUAAUCGGCCUAGAAUCAUAGGAACUGCAAAUUACAAAUUGGAGGACAAAUCUGAAUAUUUUUCUAGCAAAUGCUGUGCAAUUUUAGACAACUUCGUUUUGUACAUUUUCCCAUCCCUUUCAACUCCGGCUAACUGUCUGGAAAUAGACUUACGUUUUGUAUACAGAGUAAUUCAUCCAGAAAGUUCAAAUCCACGUCAAUCUGUGUUGGAUCCAGCUUAUCUGUUAAAGAUUGAUUAUUUCAACCCAAGAAAAGCAACUGAGAACAAAAGCUUCAGAGUUCUUUCUUUGAUGUUUAAAGACGGAACAGAGAUGAAUACUUGGAAAACGCUGCUUUCUGAUUGGAUAAACAUCACCCAAUCACCCUUACUUCAUCGACAGCCAAUGGAGUGGCACCAUUUCGGCAUAUUUUGUAAUUACGCGAUAUCUAUUUUAAUUGGUGAAAAGCUGAUGACGCCCACUUUUAAAUCGGAAUCGAAGAAGCACUGGUUAAUCGCAUCUUCUAGUGACCUACCCCAAAACGAGAGUGAUUUUGUGAACAAUUUCAACUUCAAGUGUGACAUGCCAAGGUCUUUGUCAUCAAUCGAAUCUUUUGGCCAAUUUUAUUCACUAAACAAUCCAGCUGCCAACUUACACCUUCUGAUAAACUUCACAAAGGACUACCUCAUGGUACCAGCCAGAUUUAUCCACAGAAUCCAGACGUCGCAGGCCAGCCACAAUUUGGCGGCGGCGGGACUUGAUUCGGAUUCCUCAACUCUGUCCAGAAACUACUCGGCUGUGUCUGCCGCUGUCAAUAGUCUGUCUAUGGUUUAUAGGCAGGGCUUCCGCAAAAAUAAACAUCUAAAUAAACAUGAUUUUUUUCUGAUUUUUUUCUUUGAUUUUUAA